AAUCAACUAGAAAACAAUUGCGUCAAUCAAUGUGUUCAUCACAACUAUCGGCUAAACUAACCAAUUCAAUGGUCAACGGUUUUAAUCAAUGUUCGCAACGGUCCCGAACCGAUGAUAGCCAAAAGUCACCGGUUUAUAGACUAUUUGAACAAAAAUAUAAUCAAAUUUAUGAUGACUGUGCCGCCAUAGAUGGGAACUGGACCACUGAACUGAGCCAUAGGUUUAGUCAAUUGAAUCUAACCGAUGAUAAUACAAAAGUGGUCAGAAAUACUGUACUAUUUCAAUGUAUUGAAGGAUUUUAUAAUUGUGUUAUUGAAAGAAAAAAUCAGUACAAAGAGGCAAACAAACAAUUAAAAUUAGUAUUGGAUAGGGAAUGGGCUCAGGGAGGUAAUGGGAUGAUGGGACAGUUAGCUAAAUUUCUACCCGAGCAUGAAUUUCUAGUAAGUUUAUAA